AUGGCUUUGCCGAAUCUUCGCGCGAUCUUUGCAAGCUAUCGAUCCCCUCUCGAAGAACGGCAAGCCUCCAACGCGGCAUUCUACAACAUCGCGCGGCCGUCGUGCAGCACUUCUGCCCAACCCAACACGCUGAAGUACAAUGUCAAGUGCAUAUUGACAUCUGCUCCUGUGACCAGCAUUAGCGCCCUACGAUACGAGAUCAUGUCGGCGCUUCGUGACGUGAACGCCGAACCCAGACGAGGUAUCAAGCUGACCUGCCAGACCCAUCAUGCCGCAGUGACGGGUAGCACAUUCAGAUCAGAGAAGACAAGCUUGCAUGUCCGUCAAGGGUUGCAAGAUGGAGUGCAAUCGGGCACCCGUCUGCGCUGA